AUGGAGCAGUUGACACCACUUCACAAACAUAAUAAACAAAUAAUUCUGCGAAUAUAUGCUUUUGCAUCUUGUUAUCGUGAAGUUCACCUUAAACCUUAUAAAGACUCCAAGGUUGGCCUGAGAGAUAUGAUGGAUGAUACGCACAUAUUGCCUACCAACUUUGAGAAUAGUCAAAAUAGUAACUUUGCUGAUGGUGACUGGAGGCGAUCUAACAAUCGAUGGUUAGAUAAUCAACGUCAGCAUCAAGAGGAACCGUUCGCAAGUGUCGCUAUUAAUCAGUUGCUCGAUGUUGGUGGGGCAGAGAAAGUAGUAUCGAAUGAACCUCAUGACCAAAUGUCAUUUGCAUCUCAGCAUGUUAGAAUUGAACCGUGGAAUCAAAAGAAGCAGCCAAUAAAACCUCUCACUCAUUAUCCGAACUCUAUGAAAAGUGAAGAUGACGUAUCACCAAAGUUGACAGUCGAGCAAAAUGGAAAACGAGGAAGGGGAAAUAAGCAAAUAAAGAUUGAAAUGCAAAAUUCGGAUGAGCCUACGGAUACUGACUGGAAACAGACCAAAAAUAUCAAGCAAGAGAAUGAUAAUUAUUCACCAGAAGCUAGUGGGAUGCAGGUAAAACCAGAGCUUCCCAUUCAUCUAGUUGGGAGCGUUUCAGCACAUGACUACUACAGUGAAGGGGCAUUCGCUGCCAAUGCUGCUGAUAUCAAAAGUGGGGAAGAGGAAAGUGAAGCAGCAAACGAGAUGAAAGAUGCGCUACUGUUCCAGGUUGACGAUCCACCACCAGAAGGGUCCAUUCCAAGUGCAGCUUUCACAAAAUAA